UGUGACGUCGGCCGCCGAGGUGGUACGUGGCAGUGACGUCGGCGGCCCGCCCUCCUUUCGGCUUGUUUGGUCGUUCGAUCCGGAGGCCGGUGUUCGGAACUGAGGAGGGAGGCAGCGCCUAGAGCUGGGUCCGGGUCCGCGAAGCCGCACCAGGUUAUGAGCCUCCAUGAAUACGAGGAGACGCCACGGCUCUAGAAACACGGAGCAGGGCGUUUACCUGGGACCUUCCCAGACGCAAGUUCUGCCCCCGCUCGCUGCCACCCCUGCCCCAAGCCCAGUUGCGCCACCUCCUCCACAGUGGGACACCAUGUCGUGUCAAGAUCGCACCCAGGAAUUUCUCUCUGCCUGCAAGUCCUUGCAGAGCAGACAGAAUGGGCUUCAGCCAAACAAGCCAGUGCUGAACGCCAUUCGGCAAAGAAGCGAAUUCACUGUCAUGGCCAAGCGGAUUGGGAAGGACCUCAGCAACACUUUUGCCAAGCUGGAGAAGCUAACAAUCCUGGCCAAGCGGAAAUCUCUGUUUGAUGACAAGGCGGUGGAGAUUGAGGAGCUGACUUACAUCAUCAAGCAGGACAUCAACAGCCUGAACAAACAGAUCGCACAGCUGCAAGAGUUUGUCAAGGCGAAAGGCAGCCAGAGUGGGAGGCACGUGCAAACUCACUCCAACACCGUGGUGGUGUCACUGCAGUCCAAGUUAGCCUCCAUGUCCAACGAUUUCAAGUCUGUUCUGGAGGUGCGGACAGAGAACCUUAAACAGCAGAAGACUCGGCGAGAACAGUUCUCCCGCCCCCCGGUCUCCGCCAUUCCCCUCGCCGCAAGCAAUCUAGGUGGCUCUGCUAUGCUUCAGGACGAACGUCGGCACUCGGGGGACGUGGCUAUUGACAUGGACAGCCGGGCCAGCCAGCAGUUGCAACUCAUCAAUGAGCAGGAUACGUACAUCCAGAGCCGGGCAGACACCAUGCAGAACAUCGAGUCUACUAUCGUGGAGCUGGGCUCCAUAUUCCAGCAGUUGGCGCAUAUGGUUAAAGAACAAGAGGAGACCAUCCAGAGAAUUGACGCCAACGUGGAAGAUGCUCAGCUUAAUGUUGAAGGCGCCCACACGGAGAUCCUGAAAUAUUUCCAGUCUGUCACAUCCAAUCGGUGGCUGAUGGUGAAAAUCUUCCUCAUCCUUAUUGUCUUCUUCAUCAUCUUUGUGGUGUUCCUGGCCUGAUGGUGGAGGCGGCUCAACCGCCCACCACCAGAUCCUCCUCCUGCAAGAGCCGCGUUGGGACGCUGGACUCUUCUGUUCUCUUUGUAGCCGGCCUGGGGGCAGAGUCAUCACUGCUGCCCACCAUGUGCCUGGUGCCGAAAGGGGGCCCAUCCUCGCUCAUUUGUGACUCUCUCUUUUUUGGCUGCGGCUCUCGGCCUGGAGCGGGGGCCACCCCAAUCGGAGUGCAAUAGCAUUUGGACUACGCUGUGAAGGGCUCUGCCCCAACAAACCCCCUUCUGCUCCCCAGAUGGGAUACAAUCCAGUGCGGGGGCAUGUCUGUAUGUAGCGGGACCAGGAUCUUGCAUCUCUUCCCAUCCUCUGUUCUAUAUAUUUGCCCUUCCCCUUUGGGACUAAACGAAAAACAACACACUAACAGAACCCCUCCCUUCCCCUUUUAAAAUAUUACUGAUACCUUGGUGUGAGGUUUCAACUUCCCAGCACAGGCUCCCUCUCACAAUUUGUUGGGGAGGCAGCUGUAUCUCUAAAGUUGCAAGGCUUGUCUUGUCUUUUCCGGAGGGCCGUGGGCCUGAUAGGGGUUUCUCCCCGCUCCCUGUUUUCCAUAUUUAAGUUUCUUCCUUGCUGCUGCCUAGGCAUAGGGAGCUCCUGUGUGCAAGGAAGGUUCUCUGAGUCUCCCGUUCUAGACAGAGGCAGAUCAAGGGGCAGCCUUCCUCGUUGCGUCUCCUGCUCAAAGGAGAGAUUUCUCACUGUGGCUGAUUUACGCAGACCAAAUAUGUUUUCCCCUGUGGCUCCGAUCCUCCUGGCUGAUGGAAGUCAGCAGGGCUUGGGCAGAGACACUGACGCCUCUUUUAGUUGCCAGGCACCCUAUCUCUCCCUCUCUGAAUACAGAUCUAACUCUCUAGUGCCUCCUCCAUGCUGUCAAACAGUUCAGGCUCACCCCCCCCAAAAAAAAGAAGUGGAGAAAGUGUCCUUGCUACCCCAACCUUACUAAUCAUUAUAAGCUAGUUGAUACUGAUAUAACUGCUAAGCUCUAAUCCUUCUCUUCCCCUGCCCUAACCUAUUUUUCGUUAGUAGCCUAUGCUAAGGCCAUUUCAACCCACUGGCCUGGUUAUGGUGGCUGAGCAGGAACCCACCUUAAUGUCGUCACCACCACCUCCUUUUUUGUUUUUAGGUGGGUGGGAUUUUGCCCCCCCCCCCGCCCUCCCCAGUUGCAAUGGCCUUAACAUUCCACUGUCAGUUUCUCCUGUGCUCUUUCAGAUGAGCGGGGGGUGGGGUAGGGGAACCUGCUUGUCUGUCAUUAACCAGUGUGAGAUGGUGGUGCUACCCUGUGAUCUAGAGGAGAGAGUAGCACCGGCUCUUGCCUGAAAGCUAUUUUUUUUAAAAGCUUUACUUUAAAAACAACAACAGAGUCUUCUGCCCAUUCUGUUGCUGGCACACUAGCCUGGAUUGCGAACACUUUUAUCUGCUUAUGCCAGCCUGGGCCAAGCUGGUACACGCCAGCGUAUUAUGGGCCACAGCUCCCAUCUUCCCCUGUCAGCAUGAGUGGCUGGGGCUGAUGGCAGUCGUAGUCUCAAAAACCCCGGAGCGCAUCAGCUCGUCCACGGCUAGCUUAACACUUUGCCAAGAUUAGCUCCCCAGUUUGUGUUGCAAUUAAAAUCUACAUGAAGAUACAGC